CUGUCAGUCUCUGUCUUCACAAUGAUUGUGUAGUUCCAUACAUACUGGUGCAUGUAAUAGUCUCUUCCAUUCUGGCAGAAUGGGUUGUGCCCGUGUAUACAUGUGCAUGUACAUGGACGUAGCUUUCAUACUAUGCAUGUCGCUGGUAGAGUUGCGCGGCUUGGAGAUCCCGCGCCGCAAUCUGAAGUGGGAUAGUCCGUCAGGCAAGGCUGGCGUCGGUAACAACAGACAGUUUUCAGCUCCUCGUCGUGAUCAUCAUUUCAACAGUCCAGCAAGCAGCACACGCUCAAUGUACGCAUUCUCUGAUGCUCCGGUCACUAGGAGCGCUAAGCCCACCAUGCCGCCACAGAGUCCAAACGGAACGUAUGCACUGAGUGUGCGGCAAUUCGGGGCCAAAGGUGACGCCAAAGCAGACGACACCGAAGCAUUCCAGAAGACUCUGGACGAAGCUUACCGUUUAGGGAGCCUUGUAGUUAUCGUUCCACCAGGACAGUAUAUAUUGCGUGGAAACCUGACAGUGCCCACCGGCUGCACGCUUCAAGGGACGUACUCAUACGUUCCAUCACACAUCAUGCGAACAGAUCUUCCCACGGAAAACCGGCCAACAGAUGGAUCAGUCCUACUUGCUUAUGGCGGUCGCCAUGUCGACAAUGGUUGCCUGGUUACCCUCAACGAGUUGGCAACGAUUCGUGGCUUCACUAUCUACUAUCCAGAACAAGUCGCGGACAAGACACCAGUUCCAUAUCCAUGGUCUGUUUGCUUGACUGGGAUCAAUACGGCCGUCACUGACCUGGAGUGUCUGAACUGUUGGAAUGCCAUCAAGGCUAUCAAAGCACAUCGUCACUACAUAGCCCGGGUACAAGGUCAACCGAUAAACACGGGUGUGUUUGUGGACGAGAUUCACGACAUUGGUCGUAUUGAAGAUGUCCACUUCAAUCCAUGGUUUAGCGACAAUCGCAACUUUACCAAUUGGCAAAUGGUCCACGGACAAGCGUUCGUCUUCGGAUGCACAGACUGGCAGUACGUUUUCAACACGUUCGCGUUCGCGUACGCAGUGGGCUAUAGGUUUGUCGAGACGGAGGCUGGUGCGUGUAACGGAAACUUUCUGGGCAUAGGCGCUGAUCAGACAGCUAACGCGUCCAUCAUGGUUGAUAACGUGAAGAGACAUGGACUGAGGAUCACCAAUGGCGAGUUCACGGCAUUUCGCAAGUCUCUGUUUGGAAAGGAGAUUGCCAAUCCCACGCAGGUUUGGAUAAAAGCAUCGAACACAGGAGACGUGCGAAUAAGCAACUCUGCGUUCUGGGGACCAUCCAACCAAAUUGCAAUGAUUGGUGGUAAUGGGACCAUAGGUUUCACUGGCUGCACAUUCGUGGAGUGGGACGCUGAUACAAUGGACAAUGCAGCGAUCUACGUAAUAGGAGCAGCUGGAAAUCUUAUCGUCGAAGGCUGUGACUUUGCGAAGACGAAAACGCCAGUUAGCCACUUCACACUAGAUGAUACUCUGGCUCGAGCUAUCAUAAUUGGAAACACCUUCGCGACGCCACUACGGAUAUUUGGACAUGCGCACAACACCCAAGUCGGACUCAACGCCGACAAUUCCAGUCAUUCGACUACUGACAAUAACGAUAAUACCGUAUAUUUGUGAGCCUUCCUGGGUAGGCUGCUUCCUUACAUGUAGUGAUUGGUGACGAAGAAUAAUCCAUCCUGGUAGCAGGGCAGAUAUUCCGGCUGGUAGUCGACGUUCUAGACAUGAAUUUCAAACACACGUUGACGAGGAGAGUCUAGGUCUGGGUUCAGAACUUUGCAGUGCUAUUAAACUAUGAGCCAUUGAAGCUUUUCGUUCGCUUUUCAGUAGUAAUGUUAUAUCUACACGAUGGGUGCUUUUAGUCACCCGGCCGUACAAAUGAAACAUUACGACUGUUUUCGAAUUUCGUGUUGGAUUGAUCAAAGAGCAUCAUACUGCUAUAUUGAGAACUUGUCCAAAAAUACCAAUGUGAUGUCACGCUCUAGGUAUAGAAUGCACGUAGACCGACGUCGAGGUCAAUAUCCUAUUUAUCACGAUUCCUUUUCCAUAAUCCCUUAAUUUGAUCCUUCAGGAGCUAUUUUAGCCUUUUUUAGUAUAGCAUUUGUACAAAGGAUGUUGCCUUUUUGGGUACAAGACUGUAAGAACAACAGAGUUCAGCAUCUGCAGCACAGUGGCUGGGUAGGGGUGGUACAAGGGGUUCAAACUGUUGCGGGUUC